UUUAUAAGCUCAGUCGGCAACAUUUCUAAAGUUGUGUAAAUACAGGAAUUUUGCAGUCCUCAUUUCAACCCACUCACCACAGUGUCCUGCUGCUGCUGCUCGUGUCUCGUGUCGCACCGCGUCCUUCACUGCCAAUUCCAGCAGGUGUCGCUGCAAGUGCUUCACUAUGUGGCGCUGCAGUGAAGAAGACUGGGAGGACAUGUGAAGAUGUGUGUGUCCAUUACAGUGCGUUAAAACAGCUCUAUAAUCAUAUGAAUAUCGUAUUCAUACAUGAGCACGAGUUUUGUUAUUGAAGAUCUGUGCUGGUUUUCUCUUGUCUGAUGAGCAAUCGGUUUUGAGAUGACAUACAUGGCGGAUCUGAAAGUUCUUCCACGAGACGCCGUGGACUCGGACACGCAGCGCUGUCGAAUGGGUCCGGCUCUGAUGUCCGGGUUAGGCCUGAGACUGGGCUCUCCGGUUCUGAUCCGGGUUCAGCAGGGCGCGUGUCUCUGCACCGCAUGGCCACGGCAGGACCUCGCAGAGGGAUUCCUGCAGAUCAGCACUCAGUGUGCGACCCCUGACCUCAGCGCACAAACACUCAACGGACUCACGGUUAAACCGGCGCACAUCAAACCCCUCACCUGCGUCAAACUCUCCUGUGUGACCCUGAAAGUGUUUGUGCAGAGUCUGGAAUACAAGAGGAAGGUUUCUGAGCAGAGCGUUCAGGAGCUGCUGAAGGAGCUGCUCGAGGGUCUGUACGUGCACCAGGGUCAUUUGGUGGACCUGUCCUGUGCCAAAACAGAGAUCAGGUUUGUGCAGGUUGAGAAGGUGAACUCGGGCUCGCAGAAAGCUGGUCUGAUAACAGCCAGAACCCGCGUGGACGUCAACGUGCUGCAGACCGUUAAACACUUGGAGAGGCGGCAGGAGGUCUCUGCGUCAACUCUGGGCGGCCUGGAGGAGGUUUACGCCUCGCUGAAAGAGAUGAUCACAUUUCCUCUGCUUUACCCAGGGACUCUGCGGCAGCUGGGAUUGUCGUGUCCGAGAGGACUCCUUCUGAUCGGACCGCCCGGCGUCGGGAAGACCCUUCUCGUGCGCUGCGUGGCGAGAGACAUCGGGGCCACAUUAGUGACCGUAAACGGGCCGGAAGUCACAGGUUCUCGACCCGGAGAGAGUGAAGAGAACCUGCGGCGGAUGUUUGAUAAGGCGCGGGAGGCAGCAGAGGAGGGUCCGUGUGUUCUGCUCAUCGAUGAGAUUGAUUCCCUGUGCCCGAGGCGGACGGGGAGCAGCAGCGCACCGGAGAAUCGCCUCGUCGCUCAGCUGCUGACAUUAAUGGAUGCAAUCGGCAGUCACGAGGGCUUCGUCAUCAUCGGAGCCACAAACCAACCAGACGCUCUCGACCCGGCGCUCAGGAGACCCGGGAGGUUCGACAGAGAGGUGAUCGUCGGCGUUCCCUCGCUGCUGCAGAGGCGCAGUAUUCUGAAGUGCGUGUGCCGGGAGAUGCCGCUCUCCCCUGAUGUGGAUCUCAGUGUUAUUGCUGAAAUGACGUGUGGCUACGUUGGGGCGGAUCUGAGCGCGCUCAGUAGAGAGGCAGCGCUGCAGGCCAUGCGUCAGUCGCAGGCAGGAGCGAGCGAGUCCGUGUCGAUGCAGCACUUCAUGAAGGCGCUGCGGCACGUGCAGCCGUCGUGUUUGAGGAGCAGCAUAGGAGCGACUGACUUCAAACCCAUCAGCUGGGAGCAGAUCGGAGGACUAGACGACGUCAAACUCAAACUUAAACAGAGUAUCGAGUGGCCCAUGAGGUUUCCAGAGGCAUUUGUGCGGUUGGGUGUUUCUCGGCCCAGAGGAGUGCUGUUGUACGGGCCGCCCGGCUGCGCCAAAACCACGCUGGUGAAAGCAGCUGCAUCUUCAUCACACUGCACCUUCCUCUCCCUCAGCGGGGCUGAGCUGUUCUCUCCUUAUGUGGGAGACUCAGAGAAAACACUGGCGCAGCUGUUUGCUCAAGCGCGUGCGUGCGCUCCCUCCAUCGUGUUCCUGGAUGAGAUCGACAGUAUGGUGGGCUCUCGAGCGGACGCUUCCUCUCACAGCGUGCAGUCGCAGGUUCUGUCGGUUCUGUUGACUGAGCUGGACGGGGUGGGAAUCCGGACCGUGGAGAGACGCAGCACCGGCAGAAAGAUCGCUCAGUUAGAAGGAGGAGAGCAGGAGGAGACCAGACUACAGCAGAUGGAACUCCAGGAAGUGUGUAAUAAGGAUGUUUUGAUCGUGGCUGCCACUAAUAGACCGGAGGUUUUGGACAGCGCUCUGCUCAGACCCGGCCGACUCGACCAGAUCAUAUACGUUCCACCUCCAGACCGUGAGGCUCGAUUGGCCGUGUUGCGCGUCUGCACUAAUGGCGUCCCGCUGCAUGAGGACGUGUGUCUGCAGGAUCUGGCUGCUCAAACGGAGCUCUUCUCUGGAGCUGAUCUAGAAAACCUGUGCAAAGAGGCGGCUCUUCUGGCUCUACGUGAGGACGGACUCGCUGUUUCCUGCGUGAGGCAGAAGUAUUUUCUGAAGGCGCUUCAGAGUUUGAGUCCAUCGCUGAGUCCCGGACAGCUUCAGCAACACUUUCACUCAAGUCUCUAUUAAAAAUGUAUAAAAUAAAAAUGUUUAUAAAUUGUGUACAAAUAUCCUGUUUU